UGCUGUUGUUGUUUUGUGCUGGCCUCUUUAGUACCAUCAAGUGGUCUGUCGUGUCCGGUUCUAAAGUGAGCGGGUUGGUUUUGUCGGUGCUCGAAGCAAAUGUAAAAAAAAUGAUACGCGAAGUGCGCUCCCAAUUAUUACCUAAUUGAAUUAUUAACGUCCGUAAAUGCGUGUGGUUUUGGGUAGCGCUGGGUCGAACUUACCCUAGUACCGUAACAUAGUACCGUAAAGUGAAAGGUACACCCUGUAAACAACCGGGUUCAUCGUGUAGCCCUCCCCGAAGAAUGUUGGUUGCAUGCGUAGUGUUUUGUGGUUUGACUUGUUAGUAAAAGUUCUUCGGCAACUACCGUGGAGAAAAACCACCAUCAACAGUUGGUGUUGAGCGCCCGCGUUUUCCCUUAAUUCUCACCCCGUCCCUUGUGGGUGGGUUCGAAUUGGGGGGUUCCAUUCAGUGAAGCCUGUCUGGUUCGGGUGCAUAAAUAACGUGCGCGGGUGCAUUUUAGUAGCAGCAGUCGACAGCGGAACUAUCGUGAACAGCAGUCAUGCAUAUUCGACGAUCUUUGCAAGCCCCAGGUGACUUUGCGAGUUGACCAAUUGUGGCGGCGCAUAUGUUUGUUGGCCAAUUUUUCGCGUUUACGUCCGUUGAUAAACUUCUGAAUCACCGUCUAGGAGGAAGAGGAAGAACAGAAAGAGUGUAACUAUUGAAACAACAACAACAAUGAAUUAAGCAGCAUGUGAUAAGUGGUUGCAAUUUUGACAGUCAAUGUUUUGUUUUCGUCCAAACUUGAUAACGACCCUGGUUGUGUUUUUAGAAGCAAUACGUGAUUCUUUAUUUUACGUUUGUUCGUUGGUUCGGUAAAUUAUCACCAUUGUAGAAGAGCUGAAAGCCGACACACUGACGAGCAACAGUAGCAAGUAGUAUAAAUGUGUAUCUCCAGAAUAAAACGAGCAACUAUGCUGAAUCUAUGAAUUCCUCCUAACGAAACCCAAGGAAAACCGUUCAGUACAUGAGCUAUGAAAUUCUUUCUAGGGAUCUCAGGAUGGAACGACAGCAGUCCAAAACUCGAGGCCGGCUUCCCAGAUAAGCAACCUAACAACGAUGCAGCAAAGCUGAACCGCAAGGAAUCUUACAAAGCGCAACGAAAAAACUACCGCCGUGAAAAGAAACGAGUAGCAUCCGAGUUGCUCAACUCGCUACAGGAUCCGGCCGUAAUAGUACUGGCCGAUUGGCUGAAGAUACGGGGCACCCUCAAGUCAUGGACAAAGCUUUGGUGCGUGCUUAAACCGGGUCUGCUGUUCAUUUACAAGAGUCCGAAGACCAAAAGCAGUCACUGGGUGGGAACGGUUUUGCUCACUUCGUGUCAGGUGAUCGAACGGCCAAGCAAAAAGGAUGGUUUCUGUUUCAAACUGUUCCACCCGUUAGAUCAAACGAUAUGGGCUCCUCGAGGGCCGGACAAGGAAACGAUGGGAGCAGUUGUGCAACCGCUUCCCACAUCCUACCUGAUUUUCCGAGCUCCCAGCCAAGCCGCAGGAAAAUGCUGGAUGGAUGCUUUGGAAUUAUCCCUGAGGUGUUCAGCGUUGCUUGUUCGAUCAGUUCCUGCUAUUGAUACUAAUGUGUGCGAGGGCGCCACCAGUACUCACGAGACUCAAUGGUCCGAGGCGGACUAUGAGAAGCACUUUGACGAGCAUGAUUUGGAUAUCGAUAGUCAACCGGACCAGGGAACUCUGGUCAUGUCCGCUGGAGAAUCCGAUUCCGAGUCGGAUUUAGGUGAUGGAUUGGAAGUGGAGGAGUUUCCUGAGACAGCAUACGUUCACUGUCCGGAAGAGGAAUUCGGCGCUGCGGGAGAACAAGUGGAAGAGCUACCGGAGGAACAUAAAAGUUUGAUAUGGUUCUUGGUCAAACAGGUUCGGCCCGGUAUGGAUCUUAGCAAGGUAGUAUUGCCGACUUUUAUCCUGGAGCCUCGUUCGUUUUUGGAUAAACUUGCGGAUUCCUACUACCAUGCAGAUAUUCUAUCAAAGGCUGUUCUAGAGGAUGAUCCAUUUACACGUAUGAAAACUGUAGUUCAGUGGUAUCUGUCGGGGUUUUAUAAGAAACCCAAAGGCCUAAAGAAACCUUACAAUCCUAUUUUGGGUGAAACGUUUCGCUGCUAUUGGCAGCACGAAAACGGUAGUCGGACAUUCUAUAUAGCUGAGCAGGUCUCGCAUCAUCCACCUAUUUCCGUUUUCUAUGUGACGAAUCGACAGGAUGGGUUUUCCAUCAGUUGCAGCAUUUUGGCAAAGUCGAAAUUCUAUGGGAAUAGUACUUCGGCAAUACUAGAAGGUGUUGCAACGUUGACAUUGCUGCCAAGAGGCGAAUGCUACACUUUGACUGUUCCUUAUGCCCAUUGUAAGGGCAUUCUAAUGGGAACCCUAUCAAUGGAACUCGGCGGCAAGAUAUCAAUCGAAUGUGAAAACACUGGUUACAAGACGGAGCUUGAAUUCAAGUUGAAACCUUUCUUGGGAGGUAACGAGUAUACCAAUCUAGUCACCGGUAAGUUGAAGCUAGGGAAGGAGACACUAGCAACCAUAAAUGGUCACUGGGAUGGCGAGAUACGGAUGAAGGAUAGCCGUACCAAUGAGGAAACGGUGUUGUUCAAUCCUACAACGGAAGUCCGAUCGAAAAGAUUGCGCCGCUUUGUAGUACCGAUGGAAUCGCAAGGUACAAACGAAUCGGAACGGCUUUGGCAACAUGUCGCUGCCGCUAUCCGCAGAGACGAUCAGGUCGGAGCCACUGAGGAGAAAACGGCUCUGGAAGAAGCGCAACGAAUCGCGGCCAAAGAGCGAAAGGCCACCUGCACUGAGUGGGUGCCGCUGUUGUUCCAGCAGGAUCUGGUCACAGGGCAGUACCACUAUAAAUAUGCUGACUUGCGUCCGUGGGAUCCGCGGAAUGAUCUACGUCAGUACGAGUGUAACUAUCGCAUCCAAACGAAAACACGUCAUCAGGCCCCGAUGGUGCGUACCGCCUCGGUUAUCAGCACAGAACCGCUCAGCAUUCUGCAGGCAGAAUCACGUAGUUCAUUGCGGAAAGGUCGCCUGGUAGCCGCUGGAGUGGCCUUGAAGACUCGCAAAAUCUCAUCCAACACGUCCACGCCGGAUCUGAACGACCCGAAUUCAGACUCUAGUCAUUCGAACGAUCAUACCAACAGCAUCUCCAAUGCCAGGGUAUUACAUUCACUGGACGACAUCAACAAAAAGUUGGAGGAACACUCGAAGAAACUAUCGAAGCUACAGUUGGACCUUGACAAGAUAACCUGGGCACCCCGAACCAGUUCCAGUGAUGGUGGAUUCCUUGGCUCAGUCAGUUUGAGGAGUCUCGUGUUCGGGGUUAUUGGGUUUUUGCUGCAAAUCUUUGUCGUGUGGCUUUUUACGAAACGAUCUCUCACGAAGAUCGGUCCAUCGGAUGCCGGAGGUGCUACGGCACCGUCCAACGACGGUAGUCAAUAGUGUAAUGAUUUAUGCAAUACUUGGAUAGUUUUAUUGAAGUUUAUUUUUAUGUUGAUUAUCUUUAUAUUUUACCACAAUCCAUUCUACAAUCUACACACGGAAAGUAGUCCCGUAAAGCAUUUUUUGCGUUUACAUAAAAAAACUGGAUUAAGCUAUUACAACACAACAUAGUUGUUUUUAUGGGAAUGGAUUGUAUAAUUGGUUGCAGUACUCUUCGGGUGUUCAACGGUGAACAAUCUAUUAAUUUCAAACAAUUGUGAAUUACAUAGGGUUUAAACCACCUCUAAAUCAGCAUGCAGGUAAACACACAUUUUGCAACUCCUUUACAAAACUAGCAUUUUAAUCUUACUACAUACUUUUUGAAUGCUAUAAAAACUCAAAUAGCGGGGACAAAAACCGUUCUGACUUGUUCCGUAAGCGUAAAAGGAAAUCGGUUGGAAAAGAGACCCAGCUGCAGAUGCUAUUCCAUACUAGAAGCCAUAGUAGCCAAUAUUUCGUCCCUCCAUCCUGAAGCUUUACGGCGAAAAGUUAAUGUAGACCAAGCGAAAAGCUCCCUUUUAUAUACCUACUUACAUUCCGCAUUAGGCUGAAGAUUCAAAAAAUGAAUUUCUUUACAAAGACUUUUAUAGCAAACAACGUUAAAAGAUAAAUUAUGAGAGAUAGUAAUGAAAUUCGAUUCCCAAUUACUUCAACUAUUUAUUCAUAGGUGGAGAAGAAUGCAAUAAUUAUUGUAGUUGUUACCUCGAAUUAAAGGAAAUAAACUUUUUCCUAAAUAAUCGUAGCAGAAUACAAAACAGUGGUGGUAAGAUUUACUUUUCGGCAAACCCAUAUCAGUAGUGAACCAACCAGUCAAUCAUAUUAUGCAUAAUUCUUUUAGCAUCACAGUAGUUUUAUUUGAUAGUAAUAAGGCUUCAAUACUUUUACUUAACUUGUUCAAUACCCUACUAUCAAUCAUCUCGAAAAAAUCCAAACCACAGUCUGCUUCCGGGUACUAUUUUGUCGUACUAUUAAUUAUCUCUAGGUAUAAGCGAUAUCAAUCAUUUCCGAAGGUUUCCCAGCAGUUAAAGUUUUGGUGUAGUGUCUAGUGGGCGGUUGUGUAUAUUUUUUUAAAUAUUCAAGCAAUGAUUUAUCCAAUGCAGUCAAAACGGUUAUCGAAUCAGAAGGUUAAUGCUAAGUUGCUAUUUUGUAACUAGAAGCGAGAGUAAACUAACUGAAUUUUGCCGUUAUCAUCUAAUUGCAGCCGUACUAACAUAAGCUAAACUUUACAAUAUGCUAGCACUAACAGGAAGUUUAUGGAAAUUAUUGCGCUUUGCGCGCGCCCAAUGGAUUACUAAUAAUAUGCAUCAAAUUGUUACUAAAAUACAGCUUCACUGGUUACA